ACAAGUUCGCGUGGACACACUAAAUGGCUAUUCAUGCAACCUUUUCGUCUGUGUCCCAUGCGUGCCCCGUUGAGCUAGAGAGACACCGAAUCUUCUCGCAUUUAUGCCAAUGAUGGGUCUUUCUUUGAAGCUCACAUUCACGUAGAGAUUGUGACGUCACGAAUUAGGGGCACUAGAUCGAGUGGCUCAAAUUUUAGGUUUACAAUCUUCGUAACUGUAUGAGUUAAGACACGGUAACAAUUGGAAAAUCGAACUAUCAAGUAUUCUCAGUCAACAACGAGGGAAACCGGGUACUAUAUUCUGAGAGAUGAGUGAUUUGUACUGGAUUAUAGGCUGUAGUGCUGGCGGCGGUUUGCUUCUUAUCAUUUUUAUCGUUAUCGUCACAUGUAUGAUCUGCAAGAAAAAGAGAAGACGCAAGAGGGACAAUGAAGCAAAUUGGCAAGCCCAUACACAAGAGAUCGAUCUCGAGGGAGAGGACGGUCCACUCGCCAAGAGACACUCAGACGGCCUGUGUAAGGAUACUCUGACAAGAGCAAAGGUUUCCACAAGAGCAAGCAUACAGUCAGAUGAAAUUAAGUGGCCGGAAGGCCAGAGACUCCCACAGCACCGGCCCCUCACGGAAGAAGAGCUACACCAAGACGGUAAUGAUAGGGUCUUCGACACGAAGUCAAAUGAGACGCAUAAAGGGAUACUAGUGAAUGGUGUCGAGCAUGCUCGAAGUGAGAAUGAUGUUCGGACUGUUCGCACAAUCGAUGUUACGAUAAAGAAAAAGAGCAAGAGAUCAAAUACAAAGUCGCUGUCUUUUGACGAUGAGGUGGGAGUAAUGGGAGAGUCCCCUAAGCGUCCCGUGGCAAGAAAAAGGUCGUCAUCUGUACCCCCAGCUUUGGACAAGCAAGCAGGUGAACAUGACCUCGAUCAUGAUGUAUGGAAGGAACCUUUAACGCUACCCGAACCAGACUACCCGGCUGACACGGAAAAACCAGAAGAAAAGCCUCUUUCUUUGUACGAGGUGGAUGAGAAACGUAAAGAGUCGAUGAACAAAACAGCGAAUAACGUUGACCUUCAAGACACGAAGAAAGACAAUAUGUCUUAUUCCACAACAGUGCUUGUACACCAGGUGCCUAAUGAAGCCUUCCCGCCCCCUGAUUACCCGGAUAUUCAAAACACACAAGGCGCAAACUCUCCCAAUCACAAUGCGGAGAGAAUCGAGAACCCAUCGACUUCUGAGUCUCCAAGUGCUGAAGAAGAGAGUUUGAGUGGAUCGAGCGGGACGCGGAAGAAUAGCUUUGCCGACCCGUCAGAUUCGGGUGUGGACAGUGAAGGCUGCGACGCUCUGUCUAGACAUGGGGAUGAGGCAGAUGAUGAGGACGAUGCACUGCUCACGAAGGUGGAGGUGAACUUUUGCGAUCUAAAGAAGGAGAGGCCGGACGUUGUUAAUACUCCUGCUAUGUCGAUAAACAAUAAUAAGCCAAUCACUGUACAGAUUCCAUUCGGUGCGGCUAACCUAUCCAGCCAGUAUGAUCAUCGGUUGCAGUCUAACGAACCUACCAGCGGGUACAAAGAAGUGGAAGAGCUGAGCAACAAGAAGAACCUCCAGGCCAAGUCCUUUACAAAUCAGAGCUACAUCCCCAAGGAGAUCGAGAAGAGUCCCAAUGAGUUCUCCGUAGCCCUACGCUCUGUAUCUCACAACACUACAAAAGAAGACAGUAUCCUCAAGGAAAAAAAUGAGGUCAAUAAGCUUCGGGACAACCUUAAAAGCCUUCCCACGUUUACUUUUAAAGAUACAAAGGCAGAGACGGUGACAUUUGAAAAGCCGUUUCUGAAGAAGGCGCCGGAGCAUAAGCCUCUAGUUGAAGUGGAAGCACCUCAAUUCCCGAAGUUGCAUCACGUUGAACUUCCCCAGACGGAGAAAAAGGUCGAUGAGACGCCAAGAUUCGUACAACCACUCUUGAAGAAAACGACAGUAAACGUGAAAGGACCCGACCAAAAAGACAAGGCGGAGCCAGAACCUCUGCAUCUACCAAAACUGCAUCACGUAGAGACCCCUAAUAAGGACACAACCCAAACGGAACCUGAUCCAAGUCCUCCGAUCAACGUCAGUGCAGGCAUUAAGAGGUUUCAACCGGGUCAGGAUCCAGUGUCCAAGCCUGGGCAUGCAGUACAAGACACUGAAACUACGAUCACAAAGAAACCGAGUUUCAAUCAGAAAGGGAACAAGGCAACAAAAAGCCCUCUUGAGACUCUAAUGAAGCCUGAUACUCCGAAGGUAAAUGAGCUUAAGAUGGAAAACGCAAAUCUAACCGAGUCAAGCGGGACACAUACCAAGAAAAGUUCUUCUGGGACAACUUCGGCAAGCAUCGUCGCCAAUGUCAUCAAAGAACGCAAUACGCACCCGGCAAAUAGAGUAAUGUUGUCUGAUAAGUCUCCGGAGUUUGGUAGAAUCAAGCUGAAAAGCGUCCCAAAGGUUGAUGACUUCAGAAUAGAAGAACCGAGGAAACAACAGAAUAUUCAAGCCACACCCAAGCAGCAAAGUCAUCUUCAAAACACGGCAGGAAAUAGAGGUUACAUUUCCGGGAUGCCACAUAUUCCACCGCCGUACCAAAAGGAAAACAACUAUCUAUCAAUGGAUAAAAGGACCGAAGGCGUUAAGUAUACGGGACCAAAAAACAACAUGAAGACUGAACCUAUUGUCUCACCAUCGAUCCCUAAAAACACUGUUUCGACGAGCUGCCCAGGGAACCCACCCUCAAUUCUGAAGAAUAGUUCAGCCGUCCCUCCAAAUGGACUUCCAGAAUCUAAGCCAGCGCCCAUUCCUGUAAUACCCGAGGCCCCUGUAUUCGACCCCAAACCACGCACACCAACAGUGUCAAGAAAAACCUCAAUGAAACUAACGGCGGAGGAGCACUUACAGUUGGAAGAAGAGAGGAAGAAGAUGUGGAAGAAAGAGCAAGUUGAGCAAAAACUUCGUGCACGUUUAGAUAGCAACAGCAAAGUCAUUAUACAGGCGUCUGGACUAGCGUAUAAGGACUGUAUGCCGGAGCUGUUCACGAAGAUCAAGCAAAGAGGGUCGACAUCCAGUGACUUGGAGUCGGGGGACGAAUCCCAGGUACUGGUCAAGUAGAGUAGCUGAAGAUUUCGUACUGCAAUGUAUGCUUAUGUUGUAAGACUUCUAGAUGUAAUGUAGCAGGGUCAUGAGGGUACGAGGGGGAUUUACGGGGGCUGAUUCCCGAGUACGGGUCAAGUGGAGAAGCCGAAGUAUUCCUACUAGGAAGUAAGACAUAUAGCCUUUGUUUAUUACAUAAACUUUGCAUUACAUUAUUGGGCGUCUAGAUGUAGUAUAUCCGGGUUUAUAGGGGAGUGGUUUGUACGGGGAAGGUAUCGAUAUACAGUAAUUCGGUGUGUGGGGAUGGUUCCAAGAGAGUGACGGAAUAAGACUACUAAAUAUGAGGCUUGAAGUGUCUUCAUCAGAGUGGAUGGGUGUGUGGUUUAUAGGGGAAGGUAUCGAUGUCCAUAAUUGUAGGUAGUAAGGUAGCUAAAGUGUUCGUAUUAAGAAGUAAGACUGGGGAAACCUUGUCGUCAGGGUAGGUGGGUAUGUAGGUAGCUGAGUGAACGGUAAGGUAUCGAUGUUUAGUGCUCUGGAAUUUCAGGACAAGGACAUUCUUAUGGAUUGUGUAAAUAACGAUACUUACGAAAACAAUGCAGCAGUUUGAAUCUUCUAUACAAAAGAUAUUUAUAUAACACUUUCUACUCACAUAUGUCACAUACGGUAUGUCAAAAUGCAAGAAAUUAUUCUUAAAAAAAGCCAUAUUUUGCACCUUGAUAACCACCAUACUACGUUGUGAAUUAUUUUUGUAAAUUUUAGAAACCAGAAUUUUAUCAAAUUAUAUAAGAUCGAUGGACAGGAUGGAUUUCAGCCUUAGAAGUAGCGAAUUAGAUAAAUAUAUCUAGAAUAAGGAUGUGAUGAAAAUACGAUGUUUUGAAAACAGAAAAAGAAAUACAACUUUUAUAUCCCUCGAGAAUACUACUUUGCUUGUUAUGUCUAUAUUCACGUAUUAUGGCUACAGUGGAACGAUUUCUAUUAACGGACACUUUCCAAGAUUUAAUCAAACCUCCAUUUAGCGAACACCUCCAUGGAUAGACAGAUUUUCCGUCCCGAGGGUGUCCGUUAUAUAAAAGUUCAACUGUAUUCCUUAAUGAUAUAAAUAGAAAUACCAAAGCAUGUAACAAUAGACAAGUUCAACCAUACACAGUUCAGAAACUAGAUAGUUACACUUUUAUACGAUAUGACUUCAGACGAAGAUAAUUAAAAUUAACUCACAUGCA